GCGCGGGGGGCGGGCUCACGGCGCCGGAGGAGGAAGUGGUGUGGUUGUUUCUCUGUUUGCGCUAGCCGCUGCCUCUUGGUCGCGGAGAGAGGUAGCAGUCGCCGCUGCUCCGUCGCGCUUUUCUUCUGUUCUCCUCCAUGUCCCCGGGCUCCGUCGCACCUCUUCCUCAGGCCGCCGCUUACCCCGGGGUCUAUGGAAGUAAUGGAAGGACCCCUCAACUUGGCUCAUCAGCAGAGCAGACGAGCAGAUCGUUUAUUAGCUGCAGGGAAAUACGAAGAGGCUAUUUCCUGUCACAAAAAGGCUGCAGGUUAUCUUUCUGAAGCCAUGAAGCUGACACAGUCUGAGCAGGCUCAUUUAUCACUGGAACUGCAAAGGGACAGCCACAUGAAACAGCUCCUCCUCAUCCAGGAGAGGUGGAAGAGGGCCAAGCGGGAGGAAAGAUUGAAAGCCCAGCAGAGCACAGACAGGGAUGCAGCUGCCCAGCUCCAGGCAUCUCACAAACCCCCUGCUGACGAUGCAGAGGGCCACAGUCCCCUCCUUUCUCAGAAGUACAGCCCUUCCACAGAGAAACAUUUGCCUGAGGUUCAGGGGGUCUUUGACAGGGAUCCAGACACACUACUAUUUUUACUUCAGCAGAAGAGUGAGCCAACAGAGCUGCACAUUGGAAGCAAAGCCCCAAAAGAUGAUAAAACAAUAAUAGAGGAGCAGGCAACCAAAAUUGCAGAUUUGAAGAGGCAUGUGGAAUUCCUCGUGGCUGAGAAUGAAAGAUUAAGGAAAGAAAAUAAACAACUAAAGGCUGAAAAGGCCAGACUUCUAAAAGGCCCAAUAGAAAAGGAGCUUGAUGUAGAUGCUGAUUUUGUAGAGAAGUCAGAGUUGUGGAGCUUGCCGCCACAUUCAGAAACUGCUGCAGCCUCUUCAACCUGGCAGAAGUUUGCAUCAAAUACUGGGAAAGCCAAGGAUAUUCCAAUACCCAAUCUUCCUCCCUUGGAUUUUCCAUCUUCAGAACUUCCCCUUAUGGAGCUCUCUGAGGAUAUUCUCAAAGGACUUAUGAAUAACUAAAAUGGAAGGCCGUGGAAGAGGCGAGAAGAGGAAAUAAUACAGUUAAUCCAGCAAAAAUAAAAAAGGGAAAACCACAUGCAAGGUAAUCCCGGAGAUGCUUCAUCAUCUGGCAAACCCUGGAGAAGAGGCAUCGCAGGACUUGGAAACAGUCACUGUGAAACAUGUUGUGCAUCUGACUCACCGACUCGAGUUAAUGAUUCCAGACACUAAGCUCUCGGAGGUUCACUUUCUCCUGAUACAAACCAAAUGGCUACCUGGAAUAAUUUUUUCAAGCAACAAUUAUUUUUCUUAUCUUCAGGGUUAAAAUGUAUAAAAGUAUGUUAUGUGUAAUUAAUCUAUAAUGCCAUAAAUGAUAAUACAGAACCUAAAUGAUAUGGUGGCCUGAGGGCCUGCCUUGUAUUUGAAAUAUGCUUUCUAUCAUGCAUUGACUGUAUGCAUCUUGUUAUGCACAUUUCGUUGGUUUGAGGUGUGUAAGACACAUCUUUCUAGAAGAAACUGUGCCACACUUUGCACUACUCGUAACAUAAUGAUAACCUCAAGACUAUCAGGAGAAAUAUUUAAAUUUCCAUUUUAUGAAGAAAGGAACCAAAUUAUUAGUUACGCUUUUUAAAAAGAUUACCAGUUUACAUAAUUAAUCAGGGUGCGUUUUAAGUUCUAACUUUUUUUGUUUAUUGUGUAAUGCGUCAUUUGAAAAUUCCAAGGAAAUGUCCUUUUGUUUUUAAUGAUGCAUGAGUGGAAGUAAUGCUGGUUGGCAGUAUUUGAUUGUAAGAAAUCAAUAAAGUAAUUGUAUUUUAUACCUUCGUUGAAUGUGGUUGGUAGAUAAAAAGCACGUUUUGUAUGGCUUCUGUAUUGGAAAUUUUCAAUAUGAAUUUGAAAAGAUUCUGUCAAAUGAUUGCUUUGGUAUGUUGAAACUUUUUCUUCAGUAUUUUGUAGUCAGCAACCCCUACAAGCAGGGUGGAAGAGAGCAAGGGAGUUCCUGAGGUUUAAAUGUAUUCCCAACCUUCCUGCGCCAGCACCUGCUCUCCCAGUCAGAGCACAGUGGUUGCAAAGCACUACAUAGACAUUAUCCUCUCUGUGGAGUCCAGUGAUGUUCCAGGAGUGGUAAGGGGAAGAGGAGGAUGUAAGUGAAACACUUGGGUAUAAACCACUGGGUAUGUUUAAAGCAUAAACUUAGUUUAUUGUGGAGGAAUUCUGGGAGGGACAGAAAUACGGACUAGCACCACACUGCCUCUCCUGAGGGAACUGGGAAGAAUUGGGUUGAAGGGGUAGGGUUUGGCUCCUGUGUUUAGUGUUGACUAGCAGUACAGUGAGAUGAGGUGACCAUGUAGAAGUCACUUUUCCUGUCUCAUCUUGCUGCAGAUGAAGCCAAAAAUAAACUAGCUUCUUAAAAUA